AAUUGAAUUAAUUAACUUUUGAAAGAAGAGAAAUUCUCUAAGGAGGUAGACGAGAAAGGGGGGAUUUUGCGAAGAGUAAGAGAGAAUGCAUUUGACAAAGCGUCUGCAGAAAUCGGACCUAUAAACCUGGUAAUGGGGAGAGGACAAACACAUGGAUAAGAACCCAAGCAGUAGUAUCACUGUCACAGGAAGUUCAACUGGAUCAGCAGAAUGCACUACUGAUCACAACUUGGUUGCCCAUGACGGAUCUUCUGACCAUAAGAAAAAGCUAAACACACCUUCGCCUAAAACCCUUGGUAUGAAUUACACUGUUCCAAAGCCAUUCUCUCUGUCACCUGCUUCCAGAAGAACACCUGUUGGAUAUAAUAAUAAUAACCCACCGGGAAAUGCUGUUAGCCGCAACUCUUCUUCAAGAUCUAGAGGUUCACAGACAAAUUUGCCUCUAACAGCUAGGAAGACUGUGAGAGAUCAGAAGAAGCACCAUGAUGAUGAAGAAGAAGAUAGCUUUUCUGUUGCUUCCUCGUAUCCUUUUUUAUUGUAUUUGUUUUUAAUAUCUAACUCUUUUUUUUGCCUGGUCCUUAGCUGCCAAUAUAUGUGUAGAACAGCUACAUCUGUAAGAAGUAAGGUAACCAUUGGAGUUGCUCCAACAUUUAGGAGCACAUCGCGGGUAGAGAGACGUAAAGAGUUUUACAAGAAACUAGAGGACAAGCAGAAAGCACUUGAGGAAGAGAAGAGAGAAAACGAGAAAAGGCUCAAGGAAGAGCAAGAAGUAGUCACUAAGCAACUCCGGAAGAACAUGGUUUACAAAGCUAAUCCUGUACCAAAUUUCUACUACGAAGCUCCUCCACCGAAACUUCCAUUGAAAAAGUUUCCUCUGACUCGGCCCAAGUCACCAAACCUUAACCGUAGAAAGAGCUGCAGCGAGACAGUUAACUCUUCACAUCAGGAGGUGAAAGGGAAGCCUUUUGCUCGACGUAGACACAGUGUAGACGGUUGCAAGAAAGAAUCCAAAGCGAGUAAUAAUAUCCCAAGGACUCCAAAUGUGAAAAAGUUCACAAAGGAAACUCCAACAAAGUCUGAAGAAGUUUAUGGAAGAAGCAAGAGUGGCCAUGAGGGAGAGGUAGGUGAGAAAUGCAUUGAUGUUGUGAGUGAAGCUUAGUUAUAGUUUCUUUUGACUAACAAGUAAAAUGGGUAAGAAGCAAUUGUAAGGGGGAAGAACAAGUUUUUAGAGUGAAGAACAAUCUCAAAGUUUCACCUUUCUUUUUGCUCAAUGUUCUGCAGGUCAAUUGCUCUAUAUUUGAUUUCUUAAGCAGCUACUCCACUUUCAUUUGAUCUUUUCUUUAAUCUGUUUUGACAAAUGAUGUGAAAUGUAUAAUUAAGGUUGUUGUAUUAAAAGCUACUGGAAACAGAGACUUUAAAACAGAGUACAGAACUUUUCA